AUGAUGAACACCAUGAGCCUUCUUUCACUCUCUCUUCUCUUCAUCUUCUUCUAUGCAUCACUAGCAGCUCAAGUGACAUACAAUGUACAAAGUUUUGGAGCCAAACCCAAUGACAAUACGGACUCAACCAAAUCCAUCCUGAACGCAUGGACUGCAGCUUGUGCCUCAGCACAGCCGGCUACGAUCUACGUGCCACCGGGAAGGUACAUGCUUAGCAGUGCAUUCUUUGACGGGCAAAUCUGCAAGGCCAGUUUUAUCACGAUACGAAUUGAUGGCACCCUCGUGGCUCCGUCAGAUUACAACGUUAACGGACAUGCCGGGCACUGGAUUAAGUUCGAGAGAGUCAGUGGACUAUCCAUCUACGGCGGAACCCUAGAUGGUCAAGGGACUCCUCUGUGGGCUUGCAAGGCUUCUGGCAGGAGUUGCCCUAAAGGUGCAACGACCCUGGCAAUCUACAAUUCAAACAAAGUUGAUGUCAGUGGGUUAACAUCAUUAAACAGCCAGAUGUUCCACAUCGGCGUCGAUGGAUGCCACAACGUUAAGCUGCAAGGAGUGAAAAUCUUGGCCUCAGGCAAAAGCCCGAACACAGAUGGCAUUCAUGUGCAAUUAUCAUCUAGUGUCAUGAUCUUCAACUCUCACAUUGCCACAGGGGAUGAUUGCAUAUCAAUAGGCCCCGGCAACACCAAUUUAUGGAUCGAGAACAUCGCGUGCGGCCCUGGCCAUGGCAUAAGCAUUGGAAGUCUCGGCUGGGAACUAGAAGAAGCAGGAGUCCAAAAUGUGACAGUUAGAUCGGUUACAUUUACAGGUAGCCAAAAUGGUCUCCGAAUAAAGACAUGGGCGAGGCCUAGCAACGGAUUUGUUAGGGGAGUUCUUUUUCAGCAAGCGGUCAUGAUCAAUGUGAAAAACCCCGUUAUAAUUGACCAAAAUUACUGCCCUGACAAUGAAAAUUGCCCUCAUCAGGGUUCUGGUGUGAAGAUCAGUGAUGUCACAUACCAAAACAUCCAUGGAACAUCUGCCACGGAAAUUGCUGUAAAAUUGGAUUGUAGUAAGAAGGACCCUUGCAGUGGGAUAAGACUGGAAGAAGUAAGCCUCAGCUAUGGGGAUCAACCAGCUGUAGCAUCAUGCGUUAAUGCCGGAGGAACUGCUUCUGGUUUAGUUGAGCCAACUGGCUGCCUUUAG